AUGGAAGGUGAAAAAUUAAUUUGGAGGCCAUCAAAUAUUACAAAUGUUUGGCUAAGUUGGUACUUACAAGAACAGAAACAAUUUCCACCUCAAAUUGCAAUUGCAAUAAAAAAAACCAGCAAUGAUUCUAAAAAAUUUCUAAGUAAAUACAUUUAUUGUAGUGGUUGUAAAUUUAAAAAAGAGAGAACAUCAUUUAAUUUGUACAUUUCAAAAAGCAAUUUAAUAAAUCAGCAAAAUGAUAUCACCAUUAUUGUCAAGUACUCAAGUAAUCAUAGAAUAUGCCAUCAUAUUUCUGGAACAACAUAUGGACAAUGUCGUGGUAUUAUUAGAGAAGAGUUGGCUAAUGUUGAAGGUCAACCACAAGACAUUAGGAAAAAAGUAUUAAAGGAUCUUGAUGUUGAAAUAAGAUUCACUGGUAAUAGAGAAAAUAUUCCUUCAAGUUAA